GUGGAAAGCCUAGACUUGAUGGCAGCAAUUUUGAAGUGCCUUGUCAUUAUAUGCAGGUAAUUUAUAACUUGCCAUCUUUGGGGGAUAAAACUCAUUUAAUUUUGUUAAGUUUCAUUUUCAAGACAUAGUGUUGGAAUAGUGGUGACCCCAUGUCAAGUUGAUCACUGAUUGGCCUCUUUGGUGGUUAAAGCUUUUAGCUCUUGAGUUUUCCUCCUCCCCAAGAAUAUCUAAGUCCAUUUUCCUCAGUUAUUUGCCCACUGGCAACUCUUUACCUCCAGGCUAUGAGGCAGGAGUGCCAUAUUUGCAUCACAAGAGCAGUAUUUUCUGCUUGUGCAUUUCCUAACUUACCCGGCGCAGAGCGGUCAAGAUGAUACAAACAAAUAUAACAUAUUUUUUAAUAAUGUUUUCAGAAAUUAUGAUAAUGUGUUGUUGGUAGCAUCCUGUGAUUUUGUCAAACAAGCCAUAACAAUUGCUCAGGCUGUGCUUUCCAAAGUCAGUUACUUCUUGUUUUGGUUUUCCAUUUCUUUUUCUCACAGCUAACUUCAAACUGGGUUACUUUUUUAAUGUGGUGGUUUUGCGAUAUAUAAUUAUGUUCCAAGGGGUGCAGCAUGCGUUGCCACAACGACCCACAUGCAGGGCAAGAAAUAUAUUCCUAAAGUUUGACAUUACUGAGGUCACAGAAACCCUGCAUUCCAUUCAUUUUCUCUCCUGUAGCAGUUUUUAAAAAAAGUUCUCAUUGGAUACAAAAAAAAAAAUUAUUUAUCCCUACCUACAUUAUUGGCUGUCGCUGUUGUGGAGACAAAAACAUCUUUAAAGUCAUUUUACAAUAACAGAUUAUUACUGUCUGGGAACAAAUCCACAUAAAAUGUAUAUACUUUGUGUGUGUGUGUGUUUAAAUUGACUGUCUUCAAUUAUUCUGUGUACAAAAUAUUUGUCCAUUCGUCAAGGUUCUCUAAAUUUCAGCUGUACAACCAGACAGAGCAAAGUUCAGAGCCAGAUUUCACAGCAGAGAAGGUGGUUGACUUUGUCAAGCUGGUUCUUCAUUUCUUGGAGUGUUUAUAUGACCACUAUUUGGUUUGGAGGAAAAGAUUGAAAGGGUAA